UCAAAAGAUAAGAGCACCCACCCUUCCACUUCAUUCCACCUCUCCAAAACUCACCACAUAAUAAUCUCCAUUCUUCAUUCAUCAUUGAUUCAUUUCUCUUUCUUUCACAUGGAUGUCUCAAGUCAAAAAGUCAACACAUUUUUCAUGUCCAUUCUCAUCAUAAUCUUUCUAGCUUCUCAUUUUACACUUGUAACUCCAACUCCAACAUCAUCAUCCACAUGGGUUGGUUCAAAAUACAAUAUUGAAUGCACAAUGUGUGCCUCUUGUGACAAUCCAUGCAACCAACAACCACCAACACCAUCAACACCAAUAUACCCUCCACCACCACCUUCCACCAACUACUACUACUCUCCACCACCUCCCACCACCGGAUCCAACACCGGCGGUGGUGGUGGCUACUACAACUCACCACCAAGUCAAGGUGUUUACUUUUACUACCCACCACCAUCUUACAAAAACAACUAUCCUACCCCUGGACCACGAAACCCCAUCACUGGUUACUACCCAUACUAUUCCAACUCUCCAAACUCCAUGCUACCGUCGUCAACUGCCGGAGUCGAUUUUUCCGGUGCCACCCUUUUGUUACUAGUACUAUCUACCUUUUGUAUGUUGUUUCUUUAAUUAAGUUCAUUAUUAGUGGGAUGAAUAAUAAUAAUAAAGGUGUUAGAUUAUUGUAAGAGGGGUCAUGGUAGUGACAUUGGUGAAAGUAAUUUGUAAAUUCUUGAUAUUAUAUGUCCUCUUUUUGUGUAAUUCGUAGCAAUAAAUAUUGAGUUGUGUAUUUACAAAUGAAAAAAACAUAAUAAUAUUUAUAUUUCUUUUUGUUCAAA